AACAGGUUAUCUUGGUUGUGACAGAGGACGAACUGAAAGAGCAAGUGUCCAACAUGUCUGUGGAUUGGGUAGGAUAUGGAUACGCAGCCCUCAUCGCAUCCGGGGGAGCCAUUGGUUAUGUGAAAGCAGGCAGCGUCCCCUCCCUCGCUGCUGGUCUUGUCUUCGGCGGCCUCGCAGGUUUCGGGGCCUACCAGAUCUCCAAUGACCCCAAAAAUAUUUGGGUGUCCCUCGCUACAUCAGGAGCUCUGACUGGCGUCAUGGGAAAGAGGUUCUACGGAUCCAGGAAGUUCAUGCCAGCUGGCUUGAUGGCUGCAGCAAGUCUUCUGAUGGUGGGGAAGCUUAGUAUGGCGUUGCUCCAGAAACCCCAAGAAUCCUGAUGGAGUAAAGAUGUGUACCCGCAUCUUCUGUUUCAGGAGCAGUCUGUCAGCAUUUGUCAUUUACUGUUAAUGUCAUUUUUGUAAAAAAAAAAAGUAUAUUUGAGGGUGAAAUAUAGUACCUUGUUUAUAUAAUAGGAA